AUGUACACAAUUGAGUUUCAGAAACGUGGUCUCCCACAUGCUCAUAUUCUCCUCUUCAUGCAUCCUAACUAUAAAUUUCCUAAACCCGAAGACAUUGACAAGAUUAUCUCAGCAGAAAUACCAGACAAGGAAAAGGAACCAGAGUUGUUUGAUGUGGUAAAAGAUAUGAUGAUUCAUGGUCCUUGUGGGGCACUUAACUGGAAUUCGCCAUGCAUGGAAAAUGGUAAAUGUUCAAAGCUUUAUCCAAAAGAUUUUGUGCAAACAACUUCAGUGAACCGAGAAGGUUUUCCAGUUUAUAGACGCCGUGAAGAGUCUGGUUGCUUUGUAGAGAAAAAUGGCUUCAAAUGCGAUAACAGAUAUGUGAUACCCUAUAACAAGAAAUUAUCUGUUCGUUAUCGAGCUCAUAUUAAUGUGGAAUGGUGUAAUCAGACUGGUUCUAUUAAAUACUUAUUUAAGUAUAUUAAUAAAGGCGCGGAUCGUUGUACUGUUACUGUUGAGCCACCCGAAAAAGGAGGAGCAAAGCGAAAGAAGUCAAACGAUGAAACUACUGGAGUUGAUAAAAAAAUGAGAUCAAAAACUUCUUCAACUGCAGAUCAGUGGCACCUACCAGGGAAGCAGAUCAUUAUUUUCAAAGAUGAUGACACUUAUGAGAAAGUGACCAAUCGUGAGCAGAUAGAAGAUACCAUGUUCACUGGAUGGUUUGAACUGAACAAGGUUAGUGCUGUGGCCAGAAGACUCACUCUAGCAGAAAUCCCAACAAUGUUCACUUGGAAUAAGAAGGAGAAAAAGUUCCACGACAGACAGAGAGGAUUCAGUAUUGGUAGGAUCAAUUAUGCCUCAAGGAAGAUUGAACAAGCUUUCUAUUUGCGUGUUCUGCUAAACAUAGCAGCGUGUUUUGCAAGGGGCUUACUAGACGAUGAUCAAGAGUAUAUUGAUGACAUUUUGAGGACGAGUUUCACAGAAUCAGCUUCACAUUUGCGUCAUACUUUUGUUAUGAUGCUGAUGUCUGGUAGUUUGUCUGAGCCAGAAGUUGUUUGGGACAAUACAUGGGAGGUUCUAUGUGAUGAUAUUGAGUAUAAACGAAGAAAGUUACUAAACAGGCCAGAUCUCUGUUUAAGUGCCCAUGAAAAAAAACAGUUUGUUCUUCUUGAGAUCGAGAAGAUUUUAAAGAGCAAUGGAUUUUCUUUAGAUCAAUGGGAAAAUAUGCCAAAGCCAGAUCCAGAUAUUGGUGGGAAUGAAAAUGUUCUCAUUUCAGAUGAGCUGAGUUACGAUAGGGAGAAGCUGAAAGCUGAGCAUGACAGAGACAUUGUUAAACUAACAGAGGAACAAAGGAAAAUAUAUGAUGAGAUUGUUGAUGCAGUUGUAAAUGAAAAAGGAGGUGUGUUCUUUGUUUAUGGAUUUGGUGGAACUGGUAAAACCUUCAUGUGGAGAUUGUUGUCUGCAGCUAUUAGAUUCAAGGGAGAAAUAUGCUUGAACACUGCAUCAAGUGGGAUAGCUUCUCUAUUGCUGCAAGGUGGAAGGACAGCACAUUCUAGGUUUGGAAUACCAAUUAACCCAGAUGAGUAUUCUACUUGCACCCUUAUUCCAGGAAGUGAUCAAGCUAACUUGGUGAAAGCAGCAUCUCUAAUCAUUUGGGAUGAAGCACCAAUGAUGAGUAGACAUUGUUUUGAGUCUUUGGAUAGGAGUAUGAAAGACAUUAUGGGGAACAAAGACAUCAUGCCUUUUGCUGGGAAAGUUGUUGUAUUUGGAGGUGAUUUUAGACAAGUUUUGUCUGUCAUACAUGGUGCUGGACGACCAGAAAUUAUAAUGGAGUCUCUUAAUUCCUCAUAUUGA